AUGGCUCCUGAUCGUGUACGCGCCAGUAUUGCAGCUGACAAACUUAAGCGAGAGCAUCGGCGAACGAAGCUUGCAGCUCUAGUCAGCAACCAGAAGAAUGCCGUGCUCGAACUGGAUGAAACCGGCAAAACACUGUGUGUGUGGUAUUGGCCAGUUAAGGAUGACGGAGAGCGCGUCGUUCCUUCUGACCUUGUAGCGUAUCACAAAUCUCACCAAUUCCAAGGACCACACUGCCUAUGCUUGCUCUUAGAUGAACAUGAUCCUUGUAACCACCGUAAAGUGGCAAUAGUCAUGGUAACUCGGGGACCAAAUGCAGGAGAGUACCUUGCCUGUUGUGCAUCAAGCAAGUGUGGUUAUUUUGGCCCUGACGAAGCCAGGCCACUAGACAUUCUGUUUGUUGAUGGGAAUGACAUCGAACUGGCGGAUGUUAUUGAAAGGCGACAGCCUUGA